AUGGAGGAAGUGGGCAGACAUUUUAUCGACUGGACCCUGGAGGAAGCAGGCAGACAUUUUACUGACUGGACCCUGGAGGAAGCAGGAAGACAUUUUAUCAACUGGACCAAUGAGGAAGCGGACAGACAUUUUACUGAUUGGACCAAUGAGGAAGCGGGCAGACAUUUUAUCGACUGGACCAUGGAGGAAGUGGGCAGACAUUUUAUCGACUGGACCCUGGAGGAAGUGGGCAGACAUUUUAUCGACUGGACCCUGGAGGAAGUGGGCAGACAUUUUACCGACUGGACCAAUGAGGAAGCGGGCAGACAUUUUAUCGACUGGACCAUGGAGGAAGUGGGCAGACAUUUUAUCGACUGGACCCUGGAGGAAGUGGGCAGACAUUUUAUCAACUGGACCAAUGAGGAAGUGGGCAGACAUUUUACUGACUGGACCAAUGAGGAAGCGGGCAGACAUUUUAUGGACUGGACCAUGGAGGAAGUGGGCAGACAUUUUAUGGACUCGACCCUGGAGGAAGCAGGCAGACAUUUUAUCGACUGGACCCUGGAGGAAGCAGGCAGACAUUUUAUCGACUGGACCAUGGAGGAAGUGGGCAGACAUUUUAUGGACUCGACCCUGGAGGAAGCGGGCUGA